CCAAGUAAAAGCAAUGCUAUCUACCCACCUAAGAAAAAGCAAUAUCUAUCUAUCCAAGAAAAAGCAAUGCCCACCUAUCCAAGAAAAAGCAAUGCUCACUCACUCAAGAAAAAGCAAUACCAGCUUACCCAUCUAAAAAAAAGUAGUACUCACCCACCCACCCAAGAAAAAGUAGUACCUACCCAAGAAAAAGUAGUACCCACCCAAGAAAAA